UUUGGAAGCGGCCUCACGUUCGUCAGGUCCCCGGGGGCUGCGCACCCCUAGCCACCCCGUCUCCGAUGAGAGGCUCCCACGCGCUGCCCUGUCAGCUGCCAACAGACAAUGCAGCUCAGCCCUCGGCCCUCCCCCCACUGUCGCCGCUGGGGGCCAGGAAGCCUCCGGGACGGAGCCUGCUGCCCAACCCGCUGGAGCAGGGCCUGAUGGUGCUGCGCAGCGUGGCGGGCCGGGACUGCCAGCCGCCGGAGUGGAAGCUGCGGCCCAAGCAGCAGUCCCUCAGCAAGUCGGCCCAGGCCAUCAACCUGUACUACAGGAAGAAGAGUGAGUGCCUGCAGGACGCCGCCCCCAAGGACAGGACCUUCCUGUCGGAAAUGGAGGAGCUGCGCAAGAUGUUCCUCAAGAGGCCCGGCUGCCCGCAGUUCUGCACCCGGGCCACGUCCAUGUCCAGCUCCGGGGUGACCUCCGCCAUGACCUUGCCCGUGGAGAGCUGCCUGGGCUCCGAGGCCUGGAAGCUGACCAAGGACUCAGUCUCCGGCCAGCAGGACUCGGACUUGAAGGUGGACGGGCCCCUGCUGCCCUUGAGUCAGAGCGCGGGGGAGCUGGAGUACCUGCGGAAGCAGAGCGAGUCCCGGCCGCUGAGCCCGGCCACCAGCAGCCCCGUGCUGGACCAGAGCCACCUGAGGAAGCGGGUGCCCUGGUACAUCUCCGUCAUCCACGAGAAGGACCACUGCCUGUCCACGCUGGUGCAGGAGGUGCAGCGCCUCUCCAAGCUGAAGGCCGAGGUCCAGCGGCGGGACGAGGAGAUCCUGUCCCUCCAGGGGGAGCGGGAGGUGCUGAAGAAGCAGCUGAAGUGCCUGCUCAAGAGCAGAGGCCGAGAGAUGUCCGUGUGCCAGGAGUGGCCCCCCGAGUCUGGGCCGCGGACCCUGGGCAGGCUCAGCAUCCUGAAGACCUUCUGCAAGGAGGACGAGCUGCAGCGCUGGCGGCAGUUGCAGGAGGAGCUCGCGGCGGACCGGGCCGGGGGCCUGGAGUCUGGAGGCGAGGAGGAGGCGGGCCUGGAGGGGGAAGCGGAGCGGGCGGACGAGGGCAGGAAGGAGGCUGAGGGAGAGGAGGGCGAGGAGGAGGAGCCGCAGGAGCUGGAGCUGGACGAGGAGCGGGAGGCGCAGCAGGACCAGGAGGGCGGCGGCCUCAAGAGGUUCAGCUCCGGGGACGAGUCCUUCGAGGAGGAGCUGAUGGCGCAGCUGGAGGAGUACGAGCAGGUGAUCCAGGAGUUCCAGCUGGAGCUCGGGGUCGCCAGGACCAGAUACAGCCUGGCCACAGGAGCCUGCAUCUCUCUGCAACGGCAAGUGGAUCACCUGGAGUCGCAGCUGCAGAAGGUCAACACGGAGCACGAGCUGCUGCAGAAGGAGCUGCGGGAGCGGAAGCACCAGCUCCAGGCCAUGACGGACAAGUUCUCCAACCUCCGGGAAGAGAAGAAGCAGAAAGAGGUGAUGGGGCUCAUCGAGAAGGACAACCUCCUCCUGCGACAGCAAGUGUGGGAGCUGGAGCAUGAGCUGGCCACGCGGGAGCACGCCAUCACGGGGGCCGAGGCCAAGGUGGGCCAGCUGCAGGCGCAGGUGAGCCAGUGCCAGAACCACCUGGAGCGGCGCCGGCAGCUGCAGGAGCAGGCGCAGGCCAAGAUCGAGCUGGCGCAGCAGGCGGAGCAGCAGGUCCGGGUGGCGCUGGAGAGCGCGCAGUCCAGGCUUGAAAGGCUCAGAAACAAGAUCAUCCAGGCGGCCUUCAGCACCCCCGGGAUCAGGUCCUUGGUCAACGAGAUCUCCGACAACGACAUUCUGGAGGCCUUGCAGCGGAUCAUCUCGGAGCGGAUCGACUACUACAACCAGCUGCGGCACAAGGGCGUCAAGGUGCCGCCGCUGCUGAUGGCGGAGGUGUUCACCUCGCCCAGCAAGUCCAAGAAGGUGGCCUCCAAGUAGCCGGGGGCCCAGUCCGGAGCCGCCGGGGAGGGGGGCCCAGCUGCCGCUCCGAUUCAGAAUUAAACUCUGUU